AUGUCUGAAUCCAGCGAGAGCAAGCCCCGUGUCGUGGUCAUCGGCGCCACCGGGAGUACUGGUACCAGUAUCGUCAAUGGCCUACUGCGCUCUGGCAACUUCCGCGUUGCUGUUGUCGUGCGCUCGGCCAGUAAGCCCGCCGUGGCCGACUUCCAGGAGCGCGGCGCCGAGGUGCUCGUGCACCCGGACCUAACAAAGGCCUCACACGACGAGCUAGUCGCACUCUUCAGAGGGGCGGACAUCGUCGUAUCCGCGCUUACCGCGUACCUCCUCGACACGCAGCGCUCGCUUUUCGCGGCGGCGAAGGACGCCGGCGUCAAGCGCGUCGUGCCGUGCGAUUGGUCGUCGCACGCGCCGCCGGGGGCGAUGCUCCUGCAGGACAUGAAAUACGACAUCCAGAAGUACAUCCGGGAGCUCGGGCUCGGGUACACCGUCAUCGAGGUCGGGAUCUGGCUGCAGGUCCUCCUUCCCUACCCGCCCGCCUACGCCGGCCGCUCCGGCAUUGUCCGGCUGUCGCACACGUUCCACGCGCCGGGCGAAGUGCCCACCGCCGGCACCGACAUCAACAACAUCGGCGCGUGGGUCGCGCUCAUCCUCGCCGACGCGCGCACGCUGAACCGCACCGUGUUCGUGUGGGAGGCGCAGGCGACCCAGCGCGAGCUCUAUCGGCUAGCCGCCGCGAAGGGCGUGGACGCGGAGGCGCUCGACAAGACCACCGAGGCCGAGCUUAUGGCGAAGGUCGACGAGGGCGUGCGUGCGGGGCCCACCGCGCUCCGCACGCGCGCCCUGCCCGAGUACGCGUACAGCAUGUGGUACCGGGGAGACAACACGGUAGAGCGCGCCGUACAGGACGGCGCGCUCGACGCUCGCGCUCUCUACCCGGAUCGCGCCGUCCUGAGCCUCGACGAGUUCGCGGAGUCGUGGUAUGGAAACAUGCUGGUGCCGGCUUGA